GCCCUGAGUGACAGGCGCAACAGCCCAUCAGCUGCCGUGUUCUGCUGACGGCCACUGCGUUGUUUUCGGGAAAGGGGCCGGUCCUUGUCAGGAAGGGUUAGCCCAAGGAAGGACCUCAGCGCGAUCUCUCGACUAUCAAGAAUUUCCGUGGACAUAACGUCGUAUUUUUUUUUUUCCCCCACCACCUUCUGGAUACUGUAUCUUUUUCUCUGGCAGUUUUGGAUUCAAACAGCCGACAGGCGAUACUUAAAAGCCUUUAUCGGGAGGGAGCCCCAACUUGGUCGAAGCGCCUAAUGUACUAAGCGAAACGGAAGUAACUUGCCAGCUGUCUGGCUAAGCUUGCUAGUGUCUGAAUGCCAACUCUGUGGGUGAUGGAGUUGAGCAGGCAACUCUGUGGGAAGAUGAGGAGGUCUAGCAAGAGGGCCCAGCUCUCCUCUUCUCCUACUUCCACUUGGGGCCUGGAGAUCCACUUUUACACACCGGACGUGCACCAGCUAGAGUACUUCAAAGGAUGCUACACUGUCGAGGAUCUCUGUGUGGAUGCUGCCAAGAAAUGCUCAAUCUCUCCCUUGUGCCAUAACCUAUUUGGCCUGUACGACGAGACAACUGGCACAUGGUACCCCCCCAACUACGAGUUCAAGAUCACAGAUGAAACCAGUAUCAAGUUGCACUAUCGCAUGAGGUUUUAUUUCAGAAAUUGGCAUGGAACCACUGAAGGAGAGUCUCCAGUUUGGAGGCACUGCAUCAAUAAACUCAGAGGAGGACUUAGCCCACAGAAAACGCCGGAGGGAACACCCCUACUGGAUGCUGCAUCUCUCGACUACCUGUUUGCCCAGGGCCAGCAUGACUUUCAGAAGGGUGUAGUUCCACUGAGGAUGUCCCAGUCAGAGGCAGAGCAGCAUGAGAUAGAAAAUGAGUGUCUGGGCAUGGCUGUGCUUGCCAUCACUCACUAUGCCAUGAACAUGCCCCUGCCCAUUGCUUCCCAUGAAAUCAGCUACAAGUGUUUUAUCCCAGAGUCGCUGAACCGCAACAUUAAGCAGCGCAACAUUCUGACACGCAUCCGCAUCAACAAUGUCUUCAAGAAAUUCCUCAGUGAAUUCAACCGCCGCACAGUCAAGGACAGCAACAUCUCGCUGUACGACCUCAAAAUUAAGUACUUGGCCACACUGGAGGGCCUGACAACUGGCCUGGGCAGCGAGCUGCUUGAGCCCAUCUCGCUCAGUGUCACACAGGAAGGAGAGCUCUGCAAUGGAGGUUACCAGGCGUUCUACAGCCAGAGCCAAGGUUUGAGCAAGAGUCAGAACACGGAGACAAGCCACAACAUGCAGGUUCUGGUUACUGGUACCACUGGCAUUUCCUGGAGGAAGAAGCCUGCUACAAUGUCUGUGAUCAAAGAAAAGGGAAAGGCAAGGAAAAACAAGCUGGAUGGAAAACAGAAAAAUGACAGAAAGAAAGAGGCAAACGAAGGCUGGGUUGUCUUCUGUGACUUCCAUGAGAUCACACACACUGUCAUCAAAGAGGCAACAGUCACCAUCUAUAGACAGGACAACAAGAGGAUGGAGAUGCAAAUGGCUUCUCGGGUUGAGGCUCUGUCCUUUGCAGCCCUUGUGGAUGGGUACUUCAGGCUGACAGUGGAUGCCCACCACUACCUGUGCAAGGAGGUGGCCCCUGCUUCAGUGGUGCACAACAUCAACAAUGGCUGCCACGGACCCAUUUGUACGGAGUAUGCCAUCCACAAGCUGCGUCAAGAGGGCAACGAGGAGGGCACCUAUAUCUUGCGCUGGAGCUGCACUGACUACCAGUACAUCAUCAUCACUGUGGUCUGCACUGAGAUCGACCUGAGGGAUUCUCGUCCCGUGCGCCAGUAUAAGAACUUCCAGAUUGAGGUGACCUCUGAUGGUUACCGUCUGUAUGGCACUGAUACAUUGCGGCCCACUCUCAAGGAGCUGCUGGAGCACCUGGAGGGCCAGAGUCUUCGCACCGACAACCUCCAGUUCCAGCUGCUCCGCUGCUGCCCCCCACAGCCUAGAGAGGUUUCUAACCUGCUGGUGGUAACUAAAGAUAGAGCACCGGCCCCUCAGACACCCAUGCAGGAGAGUCAACUCAGCUUCCAUCGCAUUCUCAAGGAGGAGAUUGAACAGGAGGAGCACCUUGGCCUGGGCACAAGAACCAACAUCUACUCGGGCACACUGAGGGUGAAGAGUGAGGAGGACGAGGAUGCAGGUUACUCGUCCUUCCAGGAGGUCAAGGUGGUCCUGAAGGUGCUGGGUUCUGGACACAGGGACAUCUCCUUGGCCUUCUUUGAAACAGCCAGCAUGAUGCGACAAGUGUCACAUAAACACAUAGUUCUGCUGUACGGAGUGUGUGUCCGCCACCUGGAGAAUAUCAUGGUGGAGGAGUUUGUCCAACUAGGACCCUUGGACCUGUUUAUGAGGAGACAGCAGAUUCAACUCAGCACACCAUGGAAGUUCCAGGUGGCCAAACAGCUGGCCUCAGCUCUCAGCUACCUGGAGGACAAGAAGCUGGUCCAUGGCUUUGUGUGUGCUAAGAACAUCCUGCUGGCCAGAGAUGGACUGGGCACUGAUGAAGGAGGACCCUUCAUCAAACUCAGCGACCCAGGAAUACCAAUCACAGUACUUACCAGAGAGGAGUGUGUGCAUCGUAUCCCGUGGAUCGCGCCGGAGUGUGUGAAGAGCUUGUCUGCCCUGAGUAUUGCAGCUGACAAGUGGGGAUUUGGUACCACCCUGUGGGAGAUCUGCUAUGAUGGAGAAGUCCCCCUCAAAGAGAAGAAACUCACAGAGAAGGAGAGGUUUUAUGAAACGGAGUGCCAACUGGCCACCCCAGACUGCAGAGAGCUGGCUGAGCUGAUGACCCACUGCAUGAACUAUGACCCCAAGAAGAGGCCUUUCUUCAGGGCUAUCGUCAGAGACAUUGACAUGCUAGAAGAAAAAAACCCAUCUAUCAAACCUCAACCUACACCAGAGGUGGACCCAACUGUGUUUGAAAAGAGAUUCCUGAAGAAGAUCAGAGACCUGGGAGAGGGCCACUUUGGUAAAGUGGAGCUGUGUCGCUAUGAUCCUCGGGGAGAUAAAACUGGUGAGCUGGUGGCAGUGAAGUCACUGAAGCCCGAGAACCGGGAGGAGCAGAGCAACAACCUCUCAAGUGAGAUCGACAUCCUGAAGGCACUCUACCAUGAAAACAUUGUCAAAUACAAGGGCAUUUGCCAAGAGGAAGGUGGUCAGGCCAUUAAGCUGAUAAUGGAGUAUCUUCCACUGGGCAGUUUGAAGGAGUAUCUACCCAGAAACAAAAGCAAGACCAGCCUCAGCACCCUGCUCAGCUACUCUGUCCAGAUAUGCAAGGGAAUGGAUUAUUUGGGAUCUCGAAAUUACAUCCAUCGAGACCUGGCUGCCCGAAAUGUACUGGUGGAGAAUGAGAGGACGGUGAAGAUUGGAGACUUUGGCCUAACCAAGAGCAUUAAGGACAAUGAGGGAUAUUACACUGUCAAGGACGACCACGACAGCCCUGUUUUCUGGUAUGCUCCAGAGUGUCUGACUCUCUGCAAGUUCUACCUUGCUUCAGAUGUUUGGUCCUUCGGGGUGACGAUGUAUGAACUCAUCACCUACUGUGACUCCUCCAAGAGCCCGAUGACGCUCUUCCUCGGCAUGAUCGGCCGAACUCAAGGUCAGAUGACCAUCAUCCGAUUGGUGAAGGUGUUGCAAGAAGGGAGGAGGUUGCCACGCCCUGAGAGCUGUCCUGAGCCCGUGUACGAGCUGAUGCGCAGGUGCUGGGAGCAGUCGCCUGACAGGAGAAUCACCUUCAAGCGCCUGAUCGAGGACCUGAACAACAUGCAGCAACAGCUGCAACCACAGAACAACUCUUAAACCUCCGACCGUCUGAGGCUCUGGGAGUGAAGUUAACUUUGCAUGCAGACUUCGGAACAGAUGCAAGCGGCAAACGAUUGGCCCCCGAUCGGCAUCUGCUUGUGCAGCUUCAUUUUACUGAGAGACAGUCCUGAAGAGCCAGAGCUCCACGCAGAGCCGCGCUUCUUCUCAUGUAACCCUUUUGCGUCCUAAUCAACUAUCAUUUUAGCCAGCCACAGCCAAUUUUUUUAACAUUGUUAUUUGAUAGUCUGAUAUUUCUCACUAUUCUCAUAUUUCCUUACUUGAGUUACUGUCUGAGUGUUGCGGAUGAAAACCAGUAAAUCCUGUCCAACCUUGUAACCUUAGCUCCUGCUGAAUAUGACCUCACAUCUCCCAGAAGGACUUCCAAGUGUAUCUAACGCAUUUUAACUGUCUGCAUUGCGAUGAGUGUCACACUCACACAGAACUGUCGCAGUGUGCUCCGAAAGGCCUUGUAAUUGUGUGGACGUGGGGCUGAUGUGGCUCUCACCGACGGAGGCCGGGUGGAAGGAAACCGAGCCGAGAAAGGAACUGUCUGAACACUCACUUUUACGGAGUUUUAACAGUCGUGCGACGGACACCGGGAGGAUCACCGAUCCAUCAUGCUGACGAGUGCUUGAUACUGAACACGUGGGUUUUCAGCGUUUCGUUCCACGGACUCCUCUGCUUGGGAGAAAAAUUCACCCGCUUUGUAUUUCUUUUACUUUUCCGAGCCAAGGAGUGAUCUGUGAUAAAAGUUCAGAUUUUCUGUUUGGGACGUGCGGAUUCAGUCACCGAGAACUGGCAUUAAAUUAGAGCCAGCGGUCAGAGAGCAGUGUCCCUUCCACUGCAUUGUUGUCAACAUUUUAGAGUUGAAACAGUCUCUUAUUAGUUUCUGAUUUAAUUUUCAGUUAAUAUUUUAAUAAUCGGUUAGUCGUUUAAGUCUUUGUUCAUUUUAUUGGGUCUAGAUUCUCAGUCGUGAGCAUUUUCUAUCUUUGCAACACAAGUAACUGUGGUGGUUUGACAAAAUAAGCAAUCUGAAGACAUUACCUUAUCUUAUUCCACAGAUUAAGCUUUAUUUUACAACUUACAUUGUUUAAAUGUGUAAUAGUGCCUGCCUUAAUGAUAGUGACUAACUUAACGAGAGAUUAGGAGAAGCAGUUGAGGCUACAUUUGUACCGCAACAGAAAAUCGAAUUUUUCUUUUAUGAGUUAUAACUGUCUAAUUUUGGUUUUUAUAGUUUCUUCCUCUUCAAACCACCAGAGAUGGAUUAGAUUUUUGCAGAGAGUGAAAAAACUACAUCUUUUGCACCUGUGUAAAGUCCAAUCUUCUGAUUUAGGAGGUCGAUAUUUUGAAUCGCUACCGAUCAGGCAGGACAUUUAAAAAAAAAAAAAAAAAAAAAAAAAAAAACUUUUUGCAAAUCAGG